AUGGCGACGGCGACGGCGCGGACGAGCGAUUCGCACGCGUUAGGGGGGGUGUGGCGACGCCUGGGGGGGGGGGUGCGGGGGAUCGUGACGUCGGUGCGGGGCGCGGAUGCGGGCGGGAGACGCCCGAGCGAAGCGCGCGCGGAGGAGAGCGAGGACGAGAAGAGCGGUGCGGAGAGCGACGCGGACGAUGAAAAGGACGCGCCGUGGAGAAGCUUCGCGCGUAGGUCGGCGGUGCGGACGCAGAGGGGAGACGGGGAGGGAGGAAACGGCGACGCGCGGCGGCCGUCGACGGAUACGAGCGUACUGGACAUUUAUCAUCGACUGGGCGAACACACGACGAGUGGGAGGGAGCGCUCGGCGCGAUUGCAAGAAGUUCGCGCGGAGGUCUCGGAGAGCGACGAGGAAGGGACGACGAGCGAAUCAGAGCGCACGUUUGGGAAGAACUACUUUGUCGAGAAGUCGUUCGGCGUGUUCCGGGAAGACAAUCCGCUUCGAAAGCUGUGCGUCGUCAUCGUGAAGAUGAGUUAUUUCGAUGCAUUCAUCCUGUUUGUCAUCGCCGCUAACACGAUUAUGCUCUGCUUGGACGAUCCGUCGACCAUGGACGGUCGAGGGUGCGGGUUGAGCAAAAAGGGAGACAUGGAAAAGGCUAACGAAAUAGCAGAGAUCAUCUUCACGGUGAUUUUCUCGCUCGAGGCAGUGAUAAAGAUGAUGGCGUACGGGGUGUACGGCCCGUGGAAAGCAAAGAAGUCUGGCGCGUACCUGCGAGAUUCGUGGAACGUCGUGGAUUUCGCUAUCGUCGUAGUAUCCAUCCUCGCCAUCUUGCCUGGGGAUAACAGUUCGAACUUGUCUACUCUGCGAGCGAUACGGAUUAUACGUCCUCUGCGAACGAUCAGCAUGUUUCCUUCGCUCCGCUUACUCAUAGAGACAAUGUUGAAGGCUUUUCGGCCUCUAGGCAACGUUGUGUUCUUCUUCUUGUUGUUCUUCUGCGUUUUUGGCAUCAUCGGCGUGCAGUUCUUCGCCGGCAAGCUUAAGUACCGGUGCUACGACAUACUACCCUCGGGCAUGUCGUGCUCGGCUUAUACAGCUCAGUCCGUUGCCGCAUGUUUCGAACGUGCUGGUGGUAGCGCCGUUCUACUGAGUUCGAAGGAAGAUCAGGUAUGCUCAACAGGGAAACAUGGUUUGUGGAAGUGCGGUGCAGCCCAGGAGUGCUUGGCGUACGCGAAUCCAGAUUAUGGUUUCAUAAGCUUCGACAACAUCGCUUGGGUUGGUCUUAUUCUGUUUCAGACCGUUACUCUCGAGUAUUGGACACCGGUACUUGAAUACUUGAUGGAUGCCGUGACGCCUGCGGCGGUCGUGUGGUUCAUUCCGGUCAUUUUCAUUGGCUCUUUUGUCAUAUUGAAUCUAGCGCUUGCCAUCGUCACCAUGGUUUACGAUGACGCUCUCAUGGUUGAAUUGCAAAAAGUCGAGUCCGACGCUUUGCAACACAAGUUUAGCUCAGGCCUCGAAAGAAUGGUCAAGGCGCUGACCCACUCCGUGAGUGUGUCGUCUGUUGACACGAUGGAUACAGCGCAAACUGAGAACAUCUUCAUACGAUGGCGCAAGAGGUUCAGACACUGGUACAAUGAAAGUGUACAGCCGCGAGCUUUGAAGAUCGUGGAGAGUGAAAUAUUUUUCUUGUCCAUAAAUGCAAUCAUUUUACUCAACACUCUGACGCUAGCGAUGGAGUACGACGGGAUGUCGGAUUCAUAUGCGACGGCGUUAGAACGGACAAACUUGGCCUUCACGGCUGUAUUUAUGCUUGAGAUGAUUCUCAAAAUCACGGCAUUCGGAGUCGUGUUAUAUGUUCAGGAUCGAAUGAAUUGGUUGGACGCCGCGAUUGUCAUUAUCUCCGCCAUCGAGCUGGGCUUGAAUAACGGUGACGGCAAAUCACGAUUUACUGUGCUUCGAGCGCUCAGGGUCUUCAGAAUUCUCAAACUAGUUCGAACGUGGGAGUCAUUGCAAAAAACCUUACAGACGAUGUGGACCACGGUGCUAGAUUUGCGUAGCUUUGUCGUUAUCUUGGCGCUGUUCGUACUCAUUUUCGCACUGGUCGGUAUGCAGCUGUUUGGUGGCCAUUAUUGUGAGAUUGAUCCCAAGCCACGAUCAAACUUCGAUACAUUCAACAACGCGGUCGUGACGGUACUGCAAAUCAUCAAUCACGAAGAUUGGCCGCUGGUAUUGUAUGAUACUAUGAAGGUAGUGUCGAAAUUUUCCGUCAUCUACUUCGUCGUGGUGCUCGUUUUUGGUGAUUUCAUUGUUCUCAACUCGCUUAUUGUCAUCUUGUUGAGUAACUUUGACGAUCGCAAGGCGACGCUCCAGGCGGAGCUCGAGCAACAGCGGAAAGAAAAGGAGGCAAAGAAGAAGGGCAACAUGUUUAGUUUGUUCCAAGGCAUUCGUUUUGCUAGAUCGGAUAGCGCUCGCAGUGGGGAGUCACGAGAUAGUGCAGAUGGUGGUGACAAACUGAGGGAGAAGUUUGCGUCGAUGGCACACGAACUCCUCAAGCGAGAAAAGCGCAAAUCUGCAGCCAGGGCUGAGGAUCUGCGCAUGGAAAAAUUGAAGAAGAUGAUCGAAGAGCAAACUGCUCAACAGGAAGCGAUGAACGAAGUGCUAAAGAACCCGAGAAAGAUACUUAAAAGAGAGCGGCAACCGGGUGCGAUGAGCUCGGUUCCUCUUGAGAAGUUCAAACAUAACAGCUUUUUUUGUAUCUUUCCGCCAAAUAACCAGUUCAGGCGAGCUUGCUUUACGAUAGCGGAUGAUAAACGGUUCGAUUGGCUCGUCAUCUUAGUUAUUGUCGCUUCGAGUAUUACGAUGAUCUUUGAGACACCAAAGAACAUGGAGAACGACUCGUUUGCGAAGUACGCGGACAUCAUUGAUUACUGUUUUACGAGCGCGUUUGUGGCAGAGAUGUUGAUGAAGUGGAUCGCUUUGGGAAUGUACAAUGGCGAUAAGUGCUCGUAUCUAAAGAAUCCAUGGAAUGUGCUAGAUGGUACCAUCGUAGCAAUUGGUUUGCUUGGAAUGGGACUCGGAUCAUCGACUGAUUUGCAAUGGAUUCGUGCACUGCGGACGCUGCGCGUCUUGCGCCCUCUACGCCUCAUCGGGCGCAUACAAGGAUUAAAAGUAGUCAUCAACGCACUACUCGCGUCACUUCCGAGUCUCGGCUACGUUCUCCUCGUAUCAUUCAUCGUGUGGAUCAUAUUUGCCAUUGCUGGAAUGUCUCUAUUCAUGGGGAAGUUCAAGAGUUGUUCUGAUGCCACAAAGCUCACUCAGGCAGACUGUGUGAGCGGCUGGGUAAAUUCCACGAACGUCGCAAGGGUGUGGGACGUGAUCACUUCCACGUGCAAUGACGUUAGCGUUUCGAUUCAGAGUUUGUGCACGGGUACAUUCAACGACAAUACGUACGUGAUACGCAAAUGGGAAAGCGCGGACAGUACGUUUGACUCUUUCCCCGAAGCGUUGCUGACUCUUUUUGAAACCACGGCGGGUGAGGGCUGGACGGUGACGUUGUACAACGCUGUAGAUGCCACAACACCGACCUCGGCUCCUGUGAGGAAUAAAAAUCCCUUGGCGGCGUGGUAUUUCAUCACCUUCAUCAUCUUUUCGAACUUCUUCUUGCUCAAUAUGUGUAUCGGUAUCGUCAUCGAUACAUUCAUGAAGAUUUCGACUUCUUCGAUGACGCGCACCAUAAUGAGCGAGUCGCAAUCGAAGUGGGUCGCUCAACAACGUGCCAAAAGAUUUUCGACGCAAACUUCUUUCUUUCAAAAGUUGCCGACGGUGGAAUGGCGCAGAAAACUCUACAUAGUCGUGAGGCACAGGUUGUUCGAAACUUUCAUCAUGAUCACGAUCGCACUGAAUACGCUUGUGUUAAUGACAGAAACCUCUCAUGACGGCGGCGACAAACAGGCGGUGUUAGGCGUACUGAAUUAUGUCUUCACAGCAAUCUUCUCCAUAGAGGCAAUUUUGAAGCUAAGCGCGUUCUAUCCAAAGGUAUAUUUUGAGUCCUGGUGGAACUGCUUCGAUUUCAUCAUAGUUGUGACAUCGAUAAUGGGCGCAGUCAUGGAUUCGGGAACUGGGUCGAGCGCGUUCCGCGCUCUGCGCAUUUGUCGUGUCUUCCGCAUGUUCAAACAGUGGAAAUCGCUGAACACUCUGUUUAAUACACUCGUCAUGACGCUACCCGCACUCGGAAAUAUAGCGCUCCUGUUGGCGUUGUUGUUCUUCAUUUACGCUAUUCUGGGCAUGCAAGUGUUCGGGCGAGUUGCGUAUGGCGAGGCGCUGAACCGUCACAGCAACUUUAAGGAUUUCGGACACUCCCUCUUGACGCUUCUACGCAUGAUGACGGGCGAGGGCUGGCAAGAAAUCAUGUAUGACUGUAUGAACCAAGACGCAUGCGAUAGUUCGUUCGACUGCACCGUGGGAAGCUGCUGCGGUACGAAGGCGGCACCGGCGUAUUUUGUCACCUUCGUGGCGUUCACAACGUUCAUCAUUCUGAACUUGCUCAUCGCCGUCGUCUUGGAUAAUUUCGCGAUGAGUCGCAAGGAGUCUGAGAAUCAAAACGUCACGAAUGGAGAUAUCAAGGCGUUCCGCAAGGUAUGGAAGCGAUUCGAUCCCGAUUUGACGGGCUUUAUUUCCACCACGGACGUGCACGUCAUCGUUCGCGCCACACCCAAGCCGCUGGGGACGAAGGGGCAGCGUAUGUCCGAUUUCGCCAUGCUGAGCUUCGUGCGCGACCUGAACUUACAAGCAGGAUCGAGGUUCGUGCACUACACCGAACUUCUCCAGGCCUUAACGGCCAAAGCUAUGGGAGUGAACUUGAACUAUCUCCCGCUCGAGAUUCGCAAAGAGCUCGAAUCCGACCGCUCACACUCGAAGCAUGCGUCGCUCACCAAGCUCCGCGCGCGUGUGAGACGACGCGCGAGCGUCGCGACCCUCGGCGGCAUUGCUCAAGUUCCAACGGCGCCAUCGGAUGAGAGCGACUCCGCAUUUGACGUCACCGAGCGCGAACGCGAGAUUGCGGACGAGAUCUCGCACUCCGAGUGCCUCGACCUCGACGGACGUCCGAUUUCUCUCAGCGUCAUGCUCGUUGUCCUCAAACUCCAGCGCACCUUUCGCGCCAGGCAAGCGGCCAAGUCAACGCGCGUUGACCGAACGACGGCCAACUGGUCGCGACAGCUCAGCAGGCGAUCGUAA